AUGUCGCGCAGACGCAAGACCGGUCUACCAGCACUCAGUGCUUUGCCUUUAUCGCAUCCACACAAGGUAUUAUUCAAAUCCCGUUACCUGACUCAAACUUCGCGGCUCAACAACAUCAAUCCAAAACGUAUAACAACAUUCCCUAUCCGACGUUCUACAAUGGUCACAUGUUUAAUCUUGUCCCGUGGAAGGAUAAUUUUGUCCACAGAUUACGCGUCGAUAUACGUUUAUUCACCGAUUACUGGAAAACUAAUUUGCUCAUUAGAGGGGCACAUGGGAAGCAUCUGGGCACUUGCUUGCACAAAAGAUACUCUUGUGUCUGGAUCAACUGAUCGCACAGUCCGAAUCUGGGGCUUGAAGACAGGGAAAUGUACUCACGUCUUUGGUGGCCACACGAGCACUGUCAGAUGUUUGUCUAUCGUCAAACCCGAAAUGGUUGAGUGGACUGAUGGGGAUGGGAUUACUCGUCGUGAACGAUGGCCGAAGCGGUCGUUAUUACCUGGAGAGGAGGAAUACCGGUGCUAUGGAGCGGAUGACAACGAAGGAGACCCUUCAGAGGAAGACGCUGAGGAGAAUCCGUAUCAUAGACUUUUGCUCGAGGGGCAUGAUGACACUGUGCGACAUGUAGACGCACGGGGUCGCACAUCAGUGUCGGGUAGUUAUGACUGCACUGUUCGCGUAUGGGACAUCAUUACGGGUCACUCAAGAUGGGUCCUAGUUGGUCAUACGCAGAAAGUAUACUCGAUUGUCUUGGAUCCGAUACGCGACCAAGCUUGCUCGGGAUCCAUGGACGGUACUGUGCGCGUCUGGAACUUAACCACAGGGCAAUGCAUACACACGCUCGUCGGACAUAACUCACUGGUUGGUUUGAUUGGACUCUCACCCUCGUACCUGGUCUCUGCAGCUGCUGACUCGAGCUUGCGAGUCUGGGAUGCCAAUACCGGAGAACUCAGGCAUUGUCUUCAGAUACACACUGGUGCAAUCACCUGUUUCCAGCACGAUGAGUUCAAAGUGCUCAGUGGAUCAGAUGGAACGUUGAAGAUGUGGGACAUUAGGGACGGAUCAUUCGUCCGUGAUCUCCUGACUGGUGUGAAUGAUGUAUGGCAAGUUGUCUCCGAUGGGCGGUGGUGUAUUGCAGCCAGCAAUCGUACAGAUGCCACUGUCCUUGACGUUUGGGAUUUCGGUCGUGACGAUGACGACGACGACUGGAUUGGUGAACCUGAUGGUGGGCUGUAUGAUGACAGUUCGGAUGACGAGGGUGGUGAUGAAGACGGCUUCGUCGAAAUUCCACUUCACACUGGCACCCUCCCCGUCGACAAUGAAGAGCCGCAAUCCUAA